CCUCUGAAAAUGUUAAGUCGGCUUUUUCAAUAUGGUUUCCGUUGGAAACUUGUCAUGUGGCUGUUGACAAAAAGAAUACCAGAUGGUUUUGCGUCACGAAGCAGUGGCGGAAUCACGAGAUUUACAGGAGUAAGUAGUUAUUCAAUCAAAUAUGGCUCGACCUCAAAAUAGACCCUACAUCUGGGCAAUGGGAAUUCGUUCGGAAGGAAACUGAUUCUGUGAGCACAAUGUUUACCUCGUGCCUUGAUUAACACGCUACAAUACAUCUAAUUAGGAAAGUAUUUUAAUAAUUGACCGUCAUCACUCAUCCGCCGACCGUAAUCGUCAACCAACGGUGCCUUUCAAGUUUCAUGUUGCAGCGAGAGGUUCGCUGCAAAUCUGCAAUUGAUCACUUCCGACCAAACUGUGCGCAGUUCGUAAAAUCUCUGCUGGCUUGCUGUCAGACCUGGAACAUGACGUGGAGCACAAGCGAAAUUUCAAAAUUGCUUUUCUGCGAUUUUUAAAUGCUUUUACCGUUUUACGUGGUACAGUACAGAGGUAACUCACUCACUGGGAUUCAUAUUUAUAAAUUAUAAUGCCGAUAAAUUGUAAAUAUUUAUCAGAUGUUGAUCAUGUUAUCAUUGUCUGAAAGUUCUACUUAAGAAACCUGAUUAAAAAUUCAUAACUUUUUUAUUAAUUUGUGUUAAAGUUUUCAAGGAGCUACAGCGCUGUGUGACACGAUAAAGCUCUGAUCUCACGAAUACACGACGUUGGAAAUGGAGCUUAAUUCGCCAAACACUGCAUACCGCUGAAAAAUUUGCGCCAGGAUUCGUUGACUGCUCGCGGUCCUACCCUAGUUUGUUUAUCUCGGCAGUUUGUUGAAUUUUGGAUUAGGAUCUGUUCGCCCCCUUGGUAUUACUCAUCUGACGAAUCGCUGAGACUGUUUACGCCACGCGCCAUGAACCACACACGCACUGCCUCCACACAAAUCGUAACAUGAAAUCUCCGACGUGAAGCUCUCUCUUCCCGCCUGCAAUCAUGCCCCGCAGCCGUCCCAGCUCCUCCACCCAUUCCGCGUCCUCCCGUCCGCGUCGUCAGCCGGACGACACGGAACAGCCCCUGCUGGACUCUGAUCCCGAUGAGCCCAUCAUCACGUUCGCUGAAGCCGCUUCGCCUGCGCGUGAUCCCCUGGCCGUCGCCUUCGCCAGUUCGCGGCCUGCGGCACGCAAUGUUUUCGAUGAACUGGAGCCCCGUGGGACCUUCUCGGAAGCCGCGGAGCGGCGGCCAAUGGGCGAUGUGUCGCGCGGCCGCAGUUUCGAGAUGCGAGCGCGGAAUGUUGGAGCGCAGCCGCCAUCGCAGUCCGUGUCGCCCAGUAAUCUCAAUCCGUCUUUCGUUCUCGUCGAUAUCCCCAUUGAGAGUAGUGACACGCUUCCCAGUUUUGCCAUCAAGUACCAUGUCACGACCGCUGAGCUGAAACGCCUGAACAACAUGUUCCACGAUCAAGACUUCUACAGCCGUCAGUCGCUGCGCGUGCCCAUCCACAAGUACGGCAUUCUAGCCGAACGCUACUUAACCGACACCGUUAACCCCUUCGCGUCCUCCGCCAACACCUUAAUCGACCUGUCAACCUCUCCCGACGACGGCGCCGCGUCCCCUAGCACCGCGGACGAGAACAUGGACCGUGAUCUGGCCCGGUUGAGUCAGGCGGCACUGGCCGCGCAGCAACGCCCACGAUCUCCAGAACCGGCAACCGAGGAGCAUCCCACGGCAAGGCAGAUGCGCGUGGAACCGCUGGACGGGCUGGGCUGUGAUGGGGCCGAUCUGGGCAUUCCGGUGAAGGUGAUCAUUCUGAUGGCGGUUGUGUUAACAGUGGUGCUGCCCAUGGCAUUCUUGGCAUAUAAACUCUACUGUUAUCAUCAUCCUGGGAUGUGUUCGGACGUCAGCGGCGGUGACAGUUCUGAUGGCAGCGGUGUGACGACAAUAACAACGCUGAUGCCGCAUUGAUUCCUGUGUUGAUACUGGGUUUCUUGUCGGGAUUUUUUCUUGUCAUGGAUAUCACGAUUAUUUUGUGAUUAUUUUUUAUAUGUCUUCUGCCUGUUGAGCAUUGCGCGACGUUAUGAGAAUUUGAAAAAUGAAAUGUUAAUAAAUGAUUAUAAAAUUAU